GACUUUUCUCUUCCAGUAUCAUCAUCAUCAUUCACCUCGCUCUACUUAUCACAUCAUCAAUUACAUUUCGUUCAUUUACUUCUGCUUCUCAUUAGAUUGUAAAAUAAAAUUCGCACGUUCUCAAACCCCAAUAAAAAUGCAUUUCUCCACCAUCGUCACCCUUGCCCUCUCGGUCUUCAGCGCGCGGGUGAUUGCAGAGAAUUGCCAGCAGGGAUGGAAAUACUGUGGCCAUGAUUUGCUCGUUAACGGCGAUUACCACAACAAUAUACAACAAGCGCUCGUUAACGCAAAGCUCCCCUACGAUGACAGACACAUGCUAUACACACUUUUCGAAUGCGGCGAAAAUGGCUUGCUGGUAGGCAAGGCCACGGCUUGCUCGAGUGCCUGUGUUUCGUUGGGGAAAGGAUCUGGUAAAAAUGAUUACUGUUAUGAGGCGUAAAGUGCGGGAACAUCUGAUGCUGACUCUUGAAUGAGAGCGCAUCAUCUUGGAAUGAGGUUCUAGGGGGCUGUGAAGGAAGUCAGGAGGACAAGAGGGGCAUAGAAGAGGGAGAAAGGGAGAACUGUUUUUUUCUUUUUUUUUCUUGGCGUUUUUCUUUUAUACUCUGUAUCAUUACCAAACUCACACACUCGUUUAGCUUGUCUUUCUGAGGGUUCAGAAAUUUGUCUGGAUCGAUCGUCCUGUCAUUACCGCUUCAUUUUCAUUAGAUUAGACGAUAGGUUUAGAAUCGAUGAUCGUUUGGGGUUUUCA